CGAGCGGCGACAACACCUCCUUCUCUCUCCCUGUACAACAACAAAACACACACAAACCUCGCCUCCUCGUGGUGUUGGGGGGGGAGGAGGAGGGGGGGGAAUCACCGAAACCCUUUUCGCUUUUAAAAAAAAAAAAAAAAAAAAAAAAUUAUUAUUAUUUAAAAAAAUAAUUUUUACGAAGUGGAAAAAAAAAAAUGGUGAAAAUCUUCAUCGGGAACCUGCCCCGGUUGGCGACGAAAGAACAGGUGACGAAGCUGUUCGAGAAGUACGGCAAACUGACCGAGUGCGACAUCAUCAAGAAUUAUGGCUUUGUUCACAUGGAGGACAAGGAGGCAGCGGAAGAGGCGAUCAAGAACCUGCACCAUCACAAACUCCACGGGCUUCCAAUCAACGUGGAAGCCAGUAAGAGCAAGGUGAAGACCUCGACCAAGCUGCACAUCAGCAACAUUGGUGGCGAAUGCACGAACCAGGAGCUGCGGGCCAGGUUCGAGGAGUAUGGACCUGUCAUUGAGUGUGACGUUGUCAAGGACUACGCCUUUGUGCACAUGGAGAGGGAGGAGGAUGCAAUGGAGGCCAUCCGAGGGUUUGAUGGCACUGAGUUUAAAGGCAAACGGAUCCAUGUCCAGCUGUCGAGAAGUCGGCUCCGGACACAACCUGGGAUGGGCGACAAAAACGGCUGUUUUCGGUGCGGUAAAGAGGGCCACUGGUCUAAAGAAUGCCCCAAAGAUCGCGUUGGUUUCGAAGGCGGAUUCCCUUGCGACUACCCCCAGCCCUACGCGGAGCGCCCGGCAUAUGACGAUCGGUAUGGGAUGGCUGAGCACUUCGAGGGCUAUUUGCCAGAGCCAUACACGCCAAUGGGGGACCCCUACUAUGAGCGGCGGUCGACUCAGCUUCCACCGAUAGGCACCGCCAUGAGCGACUGCGUCCCUGGUGGCUUUGACCCCUAUGGGAGGCACGCUGUGCCGCCUCCAAACCCUUCCUAUUACAGCCGAGAUAGGAGCCCUCUGCGCCGCAAUCCCAUGGCUUCCUCCAGCGCCGGAUACGGGUAUGAAUACUCACACGUCUCCUCGGCUCCAAUGUCCUCUAGUUCUCCGUAUGACGGGCCCGGCUCAGCGGGGAACGCCUACAUGGGCCGCAUGCAGUACUCAAUGUUCUGAUCCAUAGGAGUGAUAUUUAUCCCUCGGCAACAGAGUGGGGUUUCCGAGUAAAUCUUCGGGUUGUAAGGGAUGUGUUCCGUCGCCUGGAUGUUGAUUGAGCAAAAGGUGUCUGGUGUGAUGCGAUAGCCCAGUCUUUCCUUUGAAAUGAUAAUAAAAUACGUUGUGAUUCUUGAUCUGAACUCGUUCUCCUCCGCGGCAAGCAGAGACCAAUCUUUCUGAAUGCGUGGGAAAGAACCACAGCACAAAAUGCCACAGCGACUCAGCGGGACAGGCAGCAGCCCGGUGGCAAAGGAACGGGUGACGCUUCGGGUCGGGUCCCUUCAUCGGGCUGGCGUCUGGAUCAGAAACAUCGCCCAUUCCUUCUCUCCAGAGAUGCGGCCAGUCCCCGCUGAGUUGCUCCAGCAUUUUGUGUCUUAUCUCCAAUCUUUCUCGCCAUUUCCGUCGUGUUCUCUGUGCUAGUUAGAAGUAUUUGCGCAUCUGUGACUAGUUAGAAAGUAUACUUUUUUUUUUUUUAGUUGUGCAUUUCCUUGUAUUAAAAGCUGAACAAUAAAUACCGGGAAUUUCA